UCCGUAGCUGUAGUUGCUAUUUAUGUUUGCUUAGCAACGGAUUAUCGGGAGUUACAAAAAGACAACAGUUCUGCAGUGGGCCACAUUCGCAGCAUUACAGACGCUGGAGAGCCCAUCAAAAUGAGUCAAAGACAGGUUUUACAAGUUUUUGAACAGUAUCAAAAGUCCCGCACACAAUUUGUGCAGACGGUAGCCGAGUUGGCUUCACGACCACAGAAUAUUGAAACUCUUCAAAAUGCCGGAGUUAUGUCUCUUCUCCGUCCUCUUCUCUUGGACAUUGUACCCACUAUUCAACAGACAGCAGCAUUAGCUCUUGGUAGAUUGGCUAAUUAUAAUGAUGAUUUGGCAGAGGCUGUUGUAAAGGGCGAUAUUUUACCUCAAUUAGUUUAUUCAUUAGCAGAACAAAAUAGAUUCUACAAAAAAGCAGCAGCAUUUGUUCUGAGGGCUGUAUCAAAACACUCCCCGCAAUUGGCCCAGUCUGUGGUUGACUGUGGCGCUUUAGAUGCCUUGGUUAUUUGUUUGGAAGAAUUUGAUCCAGGUGUGAAAGAGUCUGCUGCCUGGGCUCUUGGCUACAUAGCUCGUCAUAAUGCAGAACUUGCACAAGCUGUAGUUGAUGCUGGAGCUGUGCCCCUCUUAGUACUGUGUAUACAGGAACCUGAAUUGUCUCUGAAGAGGAUUGCUGCUUCUGCAUUAAGUGAUAUUUGUAAACAUUCACCAGAGUUGGCUCAAACUGUUGUAGAUGCUGGGGCUAUUGCUCAUCUAGCUCAGAUGAUUCUCAACCCAGAUGCAAAACUUAAGAGACAAGUAUUCUCUGCUCUAAGUCAGAUAGCUAAACAUUCAGUAGAUUUAGCUGAAAUGGUUGUUGAAGCUGAAAUCUUCCCAGCUGUUCUAACCUGUUUGAAAGAUUCAGAUGAGUAUGUCAAGAAAAAUGUUGCUACUUUAAUUAGAGAAAUUGCUAAACACACACCAGAGUUAGCUCAGUUGAUUGUAAACGCUGGAGGUGUAGCAGCCGUUGUAGAUUAUGUUGGUGAAGCGAGAGGAAAUGUUCGUCUGCCAGGUGUCAUGAUGUUGGGCUAUGUUGCUGCUCAUUCUGAAAAUCUAGCAAUGGCUGUCAUAGUUUCUAAGGGUGUUGUACAGUUAGCGAUAGCUUUAUCAGAGGAACCAGAUGAUCACAUACAGGCUGCUAUAGCAUGGGCACUAGGACAGAUAGGUCGACACACACCAGAACAUGCCAAGGCAGUGGCUGUUGCUAAUGUUUUACCCAAACUUCUGCAGUGCUACCUUAGAGCUGACGUUUCAGAAGAUUUACAAACAAAGAGUAAAAAAGCCCUUAAAAAUAUUUUACAAAAAUGUGUCCAUUUACCUGCCUUAGAACCAUUAUUACACGAUGCUCCGCCUAAUGUGCUCAAACACGUUGUUGGUCAGUUUAGUAAAGUCCUUCCCCACGAUUCUAAAGCUAGAAGAUUAUUUGUGACAAGUGGUGGAUUAAAGAAAAUACAAGAAAUUAAAUCUGAACCUGGAUCAGCCUUAGCAGAAUAUGUCAACACAAUCAACAACUGUUAUCCUGAAGAAAUUGUCAAAUACUACUCCCCUGGUUACUCUGAUGCUUUGUUAGAACGAGUUGAACAGUUUCAACCCACAGCUUAAACAAUAGAUAAAUCACAACAGCAUUAUUUAUUCCAUUAUUGUUAUUAUUUUAUUUACAAUUUGUGAUAUUUGUUACUGAACAGUGCAAACAUUGAACUCAUUAACAAGUAUUUUGUGAUGAGACUAAUUAAUGGGGAGGGGGGAUUUUAAUGGUUAUCAAAUGCAGGGUUUAUGGGUUCUUUUAAUGGUUAUUAAAGGAAGGUUGAAGGAGGUUUAUAAUGGUUAUGUAAUGAAUAAUAUAAAAGUUUCCAUAUUAUGUCAAAGUAUUAUAUUUUUCUAAUUUUUGGAACCUUUUGAGACUUUUUAAAUGACUGAUGCAUUGAGGAGUUUCAAAAAUUUAUGAAAAUUACAUUCCAAGAAUACUUUGUAAGGUUAUGAGAUUUUAAACAUUCUGGAUUGAAAACACAUAUUUGUGACAUUUUAAACUUCAAUUUUAAGAAUAUUCCAAAAAUUAUAAUUAGGAUCUAUAACACAUUUUUUUUUGGUGCAAACAUUCUGGAUUUGUUACAUGUAAUUUGUUGUGGGAUGCUUCAUGAAAUAUAUAGGCUGGAGUUAUCUAUAAGAUUUAGAAAUAUGAAUUUAAUGUACUUAGAUCAAAUAUUUCGUUUUCGUGAUUGUAAGUAUAUUGAAUGAAAGUUAAUAAAAUAGAUUUAAUAAUGUCAAUAUGAUUGUAAAAUUGCUAAUAUAUUUAUCCUAAUAGAUCACUAAAUUGUAUCUCACAAAAUGAAAUUUUAUCAUGAAAAAGAAAACAUGUUUCUUUUAAUAAAAAAUAAGAAUACCUGAA